UUCGCGCGUAUGUUUUCUCAAGGUGCUCCAGGUUAUCCGCCUGGCCUCGCCGAGCAGAAUGCACACGUCUGGGCGAUGCGAGACCGUGGGCCUACGGCGCGCCGUGCAGGGUGCUGCCGGCACGGCAGGAACCCUUGACAGGCGAGGAGCAGACGACACAACCACGGGCGGAGGAGGAGGAGGAGGAGGACCCGAAGAUCCGAGGGAAGUGGUCCAGACCUCCAGGGGCCCACGCAGCGAGCAAAAAUCAAGCGGCCGAAAGGUCAACACGCGCACACUCGCGCCUGCAGGGAGGAGGAAUGGAGAAGGGCAAGGCGAUGGAGGCGGAGGAUAAGGAAGAGACGGGCGUGGGGAUUAUGGCAGUUGGCGGUGAUAGGUUUGAAUGGCGCAAGGGCGACCAAAUCGAAACGUGGAAACAUGACCUUGAAAGACCUGGCUUGACCACGAGCCUGGCAAGGAACACCAUGUACGAUCCAAAUGCCAAAUACAACUGCGCUGGCAAAAACGACAACUUGACUUGCGGGCAGGAUCGAACCGUGAAUUCACGGCCACUAAAAUAGACAACCAGGCAUACGGAGAUGCGGAUACGUAGUAUUACGGUGUGCAAAAAAAUCUGCUAUACUAGGCUGUGUGCCGCCGUCAGGCGCUGACUCUUCGGGUCAGUCUUACGCCCUUGUCAUCGACCUGCCAUGGGCAAGACACUUUAAAUAAGUGCUUUGCCGCUUUGGGGUCGUGGGUCGAGCUCACAGCCGCGUGGCAGCGCGAGAGGAGAUUCACAGGAGAAACCACAGCCUUUCGCUCGGGAAAUUCGUGGUCAGCCUGUGUGGCUCUACGCAGCGGAUAGACAACUUUUGAAAACAGCCCCACUAAGCAUGAAGUGUUACUAGAGGAAGUGAAACCGCCAUAAGUCGCCAAACGUGUGUGUGUGUAUGUUUGUGGCGUUCUCGCUUCUUCGAAUGAAGCGUCGCCUGCGCCAGGGGAAGACGUCCCAGACAGCGGGUGCCGCCAUGCAUGAGCUCCACUGGCCCUCGGCCUCGGACCGCGCGCCCAACUGCGCUGGCCCGGCCGAGGAGCCGCGGCGGAGCCGCGCCGGGGCGCCGUGGUGGAGCCUCGCGAGCGCAGUGGCCGAGCAACAUCGGGG